AUGGGGAGGCACUCCAGCUGGGCCUCCGAACCGCCCGAGUUACGCGCUAAACGGAAGGGGAAGUGCUCCGGGGCUGCCCCGUGCGUCUACUGCGUGCGCACCAAGAAGCGCUGCAGAUUCGACCGAGUGCCGUCGCGCACCCCUCUGACUCGCAAAAACCUCGAUGCACAGGAACGUCUUUGCGCGGGCCUGGUCGCCCUGCUCCGGAAAUUGAACCCGGAUGUCGAUAUCGAGGAGGCGUUGAAGACACUCUCGUCUCCCGAUGAAGCAAGUAACGACAAUGACAACAGACGUCAACCACCACCACCACCACAACAGAGCACCGCCCAUGACAGAAACAGCCCGACCCCGCCGGCGCACUUCGAAUGGAACGAGGCUCUACUCUCAUCCUCGCGGGCGCAAGGAAACCCGCUCGAUGGGAUGGCCUCACUGCCGGCGGGGCGAUCGGAAUCCGGGUAUCUCGGAACCAGCUCCGGGUCCAGUCUCCUGCGCAACAUCUCCGAUCUGCUCCCCGAACAGCAUGCCUCCCGCGGCCCCGUCCGACAGACCGAAAGCCCUCGCCUCCUGACCGACCCAUCGCACGCGGCUGUACUGGACAGCCUAGUAGACGCCUACUUCAUCUCAUUCAACACCUGGUACCCCAUCCUGCACGAGAGCACCUUCCGCCGGAAAUACCAGAACCGGCAACACAUCGCGGGCAGCUCGAUCUGGCACAUGAUCGUCUACCUGGUGCUGGCGAUCGGGGACUGGAUCCUCACCGGCGGAUCCAAGAUCGAGCAGUCGACGUACUACAUGGCCGCGAGAUCGCGCAUGUCGAUGCACAUGCUGGAAUCAGGGUCCCUCCUCACAGUGCAAGCCUUUCUCCUAGCGGGCUACUUCCUCCAGCGCCGCGACCGCCCCAACACCGGCUACAACUUCAUCGGCAUCGCCUACCGGAUGGCCCUGGGCCUGGGCCUCCACCGCGAGCCACUGCCCGGAACCCCCGACACGCUGCUCAACGAACGCCGCCGCAUCGUCUGGUGGAUCGUAUACACCUUCGACAGCGGCUUCAGCAUCACCACCGGCCGCCCCCUCAUGUCAUCCGACUGCUUCAUCGACACGCGCCUCCCACGCAACAUCGAAGACUCCCACCUCCCUCUCGCCUCCCCGCCUCCGCCUCCCCUCCCCACCCCGACCACCACCUCCACCCUCAUCGCCUUCUCCCGACUCGCCCGCAUCGGCAACGCCCUCAAAACCUGGAAACUGUCCCUGCCCAUCUACUUCACCUCGCGGACCGCACCGGCGUGGUUCCUGGCCCCCCGCGCCGUGGUCUCCUGGAAAGAGCAGAACCUGCGCAUGAUGCUCUGGUGGGGAAGCCAGCGGCUCUGCACCUCCGCCUCGGACGCCGAAGAAGCCCUGAAUAUGUGCCAUUAUGCCGCCCUCGAGUGUAUCCAGGACGUGACCACCUUCUGUCUGGAUCAUCCUGAUGUGCUGCAUAUCGGGCUGAGUUGGUAUGCGACGUACUUUCUGUUCCAGGCGGCUGUGGUUUUGAGUAUUCAUCAUUUGAGGCGGGGGGAGGGACAGGCACCGACACAAGCACAUGCACAGGUUGGGGUUGCGGUUGCGGUUGAGGAUCGGGAUAGGUAUAGGGAUCCAGGAUCCCUGUCCUUGGCGGCGGCGAAUCAGGAGCUCUGGCUAUUUUCGCUCUCGCGGGCGAGAGAUUGCCUGGCGAGUUUGAGCACCGGGAAUGAGGGCGCGGCGAGGUGUUUGGAGGUGUUGGAGCGGAUUAAGGUGAGGUCGGAGCUGGGGGUGGAGGACCCUGUUGCACGGUCCCCGACGGGUGUAGAUGUUGAUGUUGCGCCGGGGCAGGAUCUAGGUAAUGGUGGUGAUGGUGAUGGUGUGGGUACCCGCCUGGGAACCCUGGCUGUCGAUCCAUCGCUGCAGAUGUUCUUCGAUGAUUCGUCGUGGAAUAAGGAUAUUUUUGAGGGCCUGGAGGGUUUCCCCAUCACCGAUGAGGUCGAGUCGUUUGAUUAUGUCCCCGGGAAUGUGUUGACGGCGAAUAUUGCAGACGGGUGGCCUCCCCCGGCUGCGGGUCUGGGUGGGUGA